AUGACAGAAGACCAAGAUGCUAAGGAUUGUCAAUCAGAUUUGGGCAGUAAAACAUUUGUGAACAAAAACAGAGAUAAUAAAAAACCAAAAACUCAACGGCCUUUGACUAAAAUAAUACUUCGCCGACUACCACCUACUAUGACAGAAGAAGCGUUCUUGGAUCAAGUAUCACCCGUACCAGAACAUGAUUAUUUCUAUUUUGCCAAGCCUGAUCCAUCACUUGGCAAUAAUGUAUAUUCAAGGGCUUACAUAAAUUUUUUGAAUGUCGAUGACAUAUAUCUAUUUAGAGAUAAGUUUGAUGGGUAUGUCUUUGUAGAUGAAAAAGGUCUUGAAUAUGUUGGUAUAGUGGAAUAUGCACCAUUUCAAAGAAUACCUAAAAAAAAGAAGAAGAAAGACCCAAAAUGUGGUACAAUUGAGAGUGACCCCAUUUAUCAGGACUUUAUAGAGAGCUUAAGCAAAGAGCCAGAAACUGAAAACCAACCUAAGCUUGAGUAUUCAUAUCCAGUUAACGAUGCCAAUGACAAAAAAGUUCAAUCUACACCUCUACUUGAGUAUUUAGCAGCACGCAAGCUGGAUAAACGAGGAAGAGAUGAAAGGCGCAGAAGAGAAAAUGAUAAAAGAAAGAUGAGGGUUGAAAGGAAGUCUAAAGACAUUCCAAUAAAGGAAGACGAGAUGGUUGAUAAUGAUGUUAAGAAAAUAAAAUCUAGAGAAUGGGAAAAAGAUAAAUCAGUUACAGAUUCUAAAGAUGAGCAAAAUAAACAGGAAAGCAGAGAUGGAACUGUGUUCGAAUCUAGAACAUACCGUGAACAGCGUAAAAUUGGUGGUAGCGCUAUUAUUGACAAGAAGAAAAAACUGGAUAGUGACAAAAAAGACGAGGAAUUGACAGAAGAUUUUGACAAAAAUUUCAAAAAAGAUAAAAGAGACAAAUUUAAAGAAUCGCCUCGAGAACAGAAAAGCAAAAAAUAUAGUGAUACAAGAAAAGAAAGGCUAAGCAAAACUGAUUUUAUUAAAACUGAAAAACAGUCUGUCAUAAGUAAAAUGAUUUCAUCAGAGAACAAAUCUAAAUCCCUUAACUAUGAUGAUAUCAAACCCUUUACUCAACUUCCUCAAGUUAAAACUGAUGAUUUGACUAAGAUUAUCGAUAGUCUAGAUAGAAAAAUGAAAUUAGAUGAUUCUCAAUAUGAAACCAAAAAAGAUUCUUGUGAUGGAAAUCAUAAAAGUGAAAGUACUGUCGAAAUCACUAAAAUGAGGCGAAAUAGUUUAGAAUCUGGUGAUGUAUCUGUGAAAGAAGAACUGAUGGUUAAGCGCCAGAAAUCUCUUGAGGACAGAAGUAAAUCAACAGAUAGAGAAGAAUCUGAAGAAAUGGAAAAAAGCGAAAGUUCUGAUAGGCGCACUGAACGGAGAAUUAGAAAUAAGGACCGUCCAAGCCUCGUUAUUUACCAACCAGGGAUGGGUAAAUUUAGCAAGCAAAGACUUGCAAAAGAAAAAGAAGUGCAGCCAACCGCUACAACUAAAUCUAUGAACGAUAGUGAAAAGAAAGACACUUGA